UCAGUUUUCAGCCUUUCUUGGAAGUCUUCUUUCUUAGCUUUCUACCCUUUCAAAUCUUGUUCUUUUUCUCUGUGUUGCUGAUUGCCUUUGUUCUAUCCCUUCUCUUUCUUGCUAUCUAUCUAUCCAUUAUCUGAUUGAACAAGAAAAGAUCAGUGUUGAAGCAAUCCCAUCUGAGAGAGAAUGGAGAGAUAAAAGUGGGUAUGUGUGUGUGAAAUCAUCCUCCUAUCAUAGACCAAGAAAAUGCCCUUUGAUGGGAUCUCCAUAGAACCACAACCAUCUUCAAACCCACUUCCUGAUCUCUCUCUCCAAAUUAGCCCUCCAGACACUUCUUCCGUUCAUACAGAAAACACUUCACAAAGAGAUGCUUACAUUGAUCUUUCCUUACCUUGUUCAUCAAGGAAUCUUGCACCGUCUUUAACUGUGAGAGAUCAGUAUCACCCACAAAACGUUUUUCAUCAUCAUCCUAAUCAUAACCACCAUCGAAUCUACAAUCAACCACCUAACAAUUUUGUUUCGCUGCUUGAUGCAUCCAAAUGUUUGAAACCGAUCAAGGGGAUUCCGGUGUAUCACAACCGACAGUUUCCCUUCCUGCCGAAUUUGGAUGGUCCACGCGAGAAAGAACCAAAGACGAUGUGUCUGUAUCCAUCUUCCUCUUCUUCUUCUUUCCCUUAUUUCGCUGAUGGCGGAAAUCACAUGCCAUUUUUAAACCCUAUGCCUCGUGGGUCUUCAUCAUCAGGUUUCAGUAUACCAAAUUGUGGUGGCGGUGGUGGAAUUGAGGCAAGAUUCAGCAGGUUAUCAUCAUCGUAUCAACUCCACCACCACAACUAUGGUGGAGGGCCAACUUCACAUGAAGUCUCACAUGGUAUGCUAAGAUCAAAAUUUUUACCAAAGCUUCCAACUAAGAGGAGUAUGAGGGCACCCAGGAUGCGAUGGACUAGCACCCUUCACUCGCGCUUUGUUCACGCAGUCGAGCUUCUCGGUGGCCAUGAAAGGGCAACGCCUAAAUCAGUUUUGGAGCUCAUGGAUGUCAAAGAUCUAACACUAGCUCAUGUCAAAAGUCAUUUACAGAUGUAUAGAACUGUUAAAACAACUGACAAACCUGCAGCUUCGUCAGGGCAAUCUGAUGAUGGAUCUGGAGAAGAUGACAGCUCCACCAUGGGAAAUGGAAAGGUAGGGAGUUUUAUCGAUCAAAGACACCCCCCAGACCAACAAGUUUUCGACCACCCUAAUUCCUCAUCUGCUACCACCACCACCACGACCCUAUGGAGCAAUUCUUCAAGCAAUGGAGAUGCAUGGUCCGACGCAAACCCAAUUGAUCUCGGAAGACCCUCAUCAACCUUCUUGUCACCGUGGACUGCCAGUCGACAUUUUGCCGAGGAAUGUGAUUCUUUGAAGCUAAAAAGCUACUUAGGAUUCACUGUAGAUCAAAGAAAUCCAAGCUUAGAGUUCACCUUGGGGAGGCCAGAUUGGGUUCAAAAGGAAGGCGAUUGA